AUGUCCGUCCCGGAACACCUGCCCCUCAGGGACUGCCCCCCCACGUAUCCCCUGGAGCAGCUCACGCCCCGCUCCGAAAACACCGUAUUCAGCCUGUCCCACCACGACAGCAGCUGGACACCUCACCCACCACCAGGCAGUUGCGAAUACCACUGGCACGCCAUUCUUCUGAUGACCUCCGGGGGCAGCGUGCUGAUCUGCGGGAUGGUGCUGAGCGGACUCUACUUCUCCGGUGUUUCCGUCAUGUCCACUAAUAUCCUGGGCCCCGCACUGCUGUCCAUUGGACUAAUGGUGCUGGUGGUGGGCAUGGUUUUGAUGCCGAUCACCAGGGAAAUGCGGCAACAAAGCGCUACCAAACGCCUCCUCGGUUACUACAAGCCUCAGAUGAACCUGUGA